AUGGCGGAAUCUAUCGAAAUAGUCGAGCAAAUAGAUAAAUGUAACUUCAAUAGAGAAUGUGCAGUUUGCCUUCAGAAAUGCGUACAUCCAGUUCAACUGCCCUGCGGCCACGUAUUUUGCUUUUUGUGUCUCAAGGGCUUCGCCAAUCAGAACAGGAAAUGCGCCAUGUGCAGACAGGAAAUACCGAGGGACUCCAUCGAUCAACCCCAUCUUCUCGAACCUGUACUUAUAGAUAAAUUGGAAACCUUCGACGAUGGUUAUCAGUGGUUCUACGAAGGCAGAAAUGGUUGGUGGCAAUACGAUGAAAGAACCAGCAAGGAUUUAGAAGUUUCCUACAAGAAUAACGAAAAGACUUCGGAAUUGCUGAUUGCCGGCUGUUUGUACAUAAUAGAUUUAGAAAAUAUGUUGCAAAUUAGACGAAACGAUCCAUCUAGAAGGCGUAGAAUAAAAAGAGAUUACUCGACGGUACCUAGAAAGGGCGUUGCCGGUCUACAUCAGAGCAGCCAAACAUUCCAUGUAAAUGAUAAUGUAGCAACAAGUAGCAAAGAUUCCACUGUAAAUGCUAGCACAGCUAACGCAGAUAGCACCGAAGCAGAAGAUGGUGAUACAGACGAUUUGGAACGGCAAUUGCGUGGUAUUAUUUUACACGAUCAUUAG